AUGGAGGGUAAAUGGAGCGGCGCUGUUGAGGUCGAAAAACUGGAGUGCGCCGUGGGAAACACAUGUUCUGUAAAAGACAUUAUCGACCCUGUUUUUAAACUACACUACAGAGGACAGAUGAUCGGUCUGAUGCAAAAGAUCAUCACGGCGGAAUGCGACCCAAAUCACGAUUUGUUUCAGGACCGUAAGCUGACGAAGGUGGAGAGGCAGCGCUUUAAAGAGGAGGCUGAGAUGUUGAAGGGUCUCCAGCACCCAAACAUCGUGCGCUUCUAUGACUUCUGGGAGUCUCCGCUGAAGGGGAAGAAGUGUAUCGUGCUGGUGACAGAGCUCAGGACGUCAGGCACGCUCAAAACGUAUCUGAAGCGCUUCAAGGUGAUGAAACCCAAAGUGUUGCGCAGCUGGUGUCGUCAGAUCCUCAAAGGCCUGCACUUCCUGCACACACGCACUCCUCCCAUCAUCCACCGGGACCUGAAGUGUGACAACAUCUUCAUCACGGGGCCCACGGGCAGCGUGAAGAUCGGGGACCUGGGUCUGGCCACACUCAAAAGAGCCUCCUUCGCCAAGAGUGUGAUCGGUACGCCGGAGUUCAUGGCUCCAGAGAUGUAUGAGGAGCACUACGAUGACUCUGUGGAUGUCUACGGGUUUGGCAUGUGCAUGCUGGAGAUGGCCACGUCUGAAUACCCAUAUUCAGAGUGCCAGAACGCAGCUCAGAUCUAUCGCAAGGUCACCAGUGGGGUGAAGCCUGCCAGUUAUAAUAAGGUGACGGAUCCUGAGGUGAAAGAGAUCAUUGGCGAGUGUAUUUGUCAGAAUAAGGAGGAGCGUUACUCCAUCAAGGUCCUGUUGAAUCACGCGUUCUUCGCUGAGGACACCGGCGUGAGGGUGGAGCUGGCGGAGGAGGAUGACGGCUUGAAGAUGUGCAUUGCGCUAAAGCUGUGGGUGGAGGACCCCCGCCAGCUGAAGGGCAAGUACAGGAACGCAGGAGCCAUCGAGUUCAGCUUCGACCUGGAGAAGGAGGUCCCUGAAGCCGUGGCACAGGAGAUGGUUGAGUCAGGUUUCUUCCAUGAGAGCGAUGCAAAGAUAGUGGGCAAGUCUCUGCGUGACCGAGUGGCUCUGAUCAAGUGGCGGAGGGAGAGGAUGGCACCCAGGGCCUCACAGGCCGUGCUGGGCGGGACAGUACCCAUCCUCUGUGAACCGCCUGGUCUGCUGGAGCCUGAAGAGCCGGAGGUGGAUCAGCAUGUCCACGUGUGCCCACUCAGUGCCAGGACCACCUCCACCACAUCUGACAGUGGCAUCGGUUCAACAGUGUACUCGGACUCCCACAGCAGUGGUCUACACAGUGUCAUAUACCAGUCUUUACAGGAAUCUGUCUCCACGGCAACCCAGGAGUCUUCUGUUCUGAGAGUCCAAAGCCAGGCUGCACCAGCUGCAGCUCAGCACAUGCAGAUGUUCACUCCUGCCUCCCCAGACAUCACCGCGCAGGCCACCGGACAGAUUCUGUCCACUCUCCAGCCACUGGCACUUCUGCAGAGCAUCUCGACUGCACCACAAACAGUGAAUCCAGAGCAGCUCAUGCCUACAAAUCAGACUGCGGAGUCGAAUGUGCAGGCCCAUGUGCACCGACCUGCAGCAUUGCAUCAGCCUGCCUCUGUGCCACAGAGUGCCACGCAUCCGAGCUACCAUCUUGCCACAGCAGAGCUAGCCAAUGCACAGACACUUCCACCCAUGCAGCAAACUGAACUCAGUCUCCCAUCUAAAACAGAAGCAGCUCUGCUUGCAGAUCAGAGUUUUCAGAGCGGAGCAUCUCAAACACCCGUGUUACAACAUUUGCAGCAACCAACUGUGAGUGCCACAACAGAUGGGCAACACAGCGACUUCUCAAAUGUGCAGCAAACUGCUCUUUUGCAGUUGAGCCAGACAGGCCCUGCACCACCUGUCCCACAGCUAAUGGACAGCUGGAAUCAAGUAGGUCAGUCCACUUCCAGUCUGUUGACACAAACCAUUCCACCUUCACAGGCACCAGCUUACCUCAUACAGUAUCCUUCUCUUAACACAGCUCAGUCAUUUGGGAGCCCUCUUCCUGGAUGUGACUCACAACCUGCCUGCUUUCUCCCUGUGCAGUCAUCCCUCAGUCUGCCUGUCCCGACACACCCCGACAUCUUGCCAAUGUCAUGUUCGCAGAUAGAGAGCUCUGCGUUAACCCUUUACCCCCACCUGUCCUCCACCUCCCCUAUACCCACUCAUUGUCCUGCUCCAGUUUCCACAGUGCACCAGUAUCAGCAGGCCUACCCUGUUGCUCAGCAGCCCGCUGUAAACUCCAUGGAGACUCUCUCCCAACAUUCCCACAGUCAGGCCACACCCACAGUGCUCCACCCCUCUAUAAACCCUGACUCUAUGUGUGUCAGAGUCCCUCCCACUAAACAAGCUCCGCCCACUCAGCACCAAAUUGUUCAUGUGGACCAGAACUGUUCCUGUAUAUCUUAUCACUACCGUGUCUCUCAGAUGAUGACACACUUGAUUCCAGCUCCUGCCCAUAGCUCCCACAGCAACCAUGAUGUACCUCAGCCUCCCACAGUACAGCAGCUCUCACCCUUCAGACCUGUCCUCAACACAUUCAGCUCUGCUGUGCCCAUGGACCAAAACCAGCCUCUUCAGCAUGUCAGCCAAGCAUCUUUACCCACCAUCCCGCAUGCUGGAGUCAGUGCCAGCCUGAGUCAGCAGAAGCAUCUGGGCAGUGGCAGUGUUCCUCCAGCACAGCAUCAGCAGCACAGCACCAGAGGAUGUGGAGGAACCUCCACUGAAAUAUUCACGGAGGUUCAUGUUCUUGAUAAACAGACAGCACCAGAUGGAUCCAUUUAUGACAGUAUAAACACAGAUGCCACAUGCGGUAAAGGGAUGAGCGAUGGGAACGAGGCUUCCAGCAGGGCUCGCAGUGAAUCACGAGUGCGAAAACUCAAUCGCAAACUAUCCCGCACACGCUCCCGCCAAGACAAGAUUAACAGACCUAAACUUACCAUGAUCAAACAGAUGCAAAAUGUGUGUGACAAAGCAGACAAGAUGGUGGAGUGUCAGCUGGAGACUCAUAAUCAUAAUAUGGUGACAUUCAAAUUUGACCUUGAUGGAGAUGCUCUGGAGGAGAUUGCCACAUAUAUGGUUGACAAUGAGUUUAUUCUGUUGCUGGAGAUGGAGAUGUUCAUCGAGCAGCUGAAGGAGAUCAUGGAUAAAGCCGAGAACAUUCUGAUGCUCGUCGCAGCAGACUCCGGCCCGCAGGGGUCAAAACCUGAGCGCACAGAGUCUGACCAGCUAGUCUACAAACAGAACUUGCUUCACACCGGAAAGCGCUGGUUCAUCAUCUGUCCUGUGGCUGAAAGGGCUGUGCCUGACAGAGAAGAGACUGCCUCCAACCCAGAAAACUCCUCUACAUCUCAGGUACAGGAUGUCAACACAGCACAUGCCAAACCUCAGAAGCAGCCAUCAUUGCCACAGGCAUCUCUCUCUGAGGUCGCUCCGUUGGCCGAGGGCACUCAGGGUGUCUGUACGUCGGGUGUUUCUGACAUCCCGUGCUGCCCCCUUGUGCCUCCUGUUUUAAUCAAAGUUGCAGCUCAAAAAGCAGUGGAGGGCCCUCAACAGCCUGUGGCCCAAAUCAGCAGCCCCAGUGCAGAGCCACCUGUGAGCCAGACCAAGCCUGUGGUGCUGCAGCAGCCCACUCCACAGGCUUCUGUCACCAGCGGCCAAUCUCAGCCUCAGAGCUUCACAAAUCUGCCCCAGAGCCCCACCCGUCAGCCUCAGAGCUCCACCCAUCCACCUCAGAGCCCCACCCAUCAGCCUCAGAGCCCCAACCAUCAGCCCGAGAACACCCUGCAGGUGCCCGGGGAAUCAGACGGGGAAGGGCCGCCCAGGCUGGAGUUUGCAGACAGAACCAUAAAGACACUGGAUGGGAAACUGCGAAUCCUUUUGUACCAAGAGUACCACACCUCGCAAACCGCAAGCUUGGCCUCUGAGCCGCCUGGAUCACCUCCGCUGUCCGACAGCCAAGGCAGUGAUGGAGCUGUGAGGAAUGCAGAAAAACUGGACACAACUACUUCUUUUCCAGAGGCCAGACCCACAAUAACGUGUUCUCAGAGCUCAUUGUCAUCGGACGGGACAGCACAGUGCCUGUCCUCUGACACAGAAGAGGAGGAUCAGAGCCAGACUCUGUCUGUUAAACCCACAACUCCAGCUCCUGUUCUGUCAGAGUGCAGUGGCGGGGAAUUCAUGAAGCGGGUGGUGGCAUUCUUCCGGCGUUCAGGUCACAGUAGCAGUGUCCAAAGCUCUGACUCACGCACUUGUCCUCUGGUGAACGGACAUGCCCCAUCCGUUACUGGCCACGCCCACUCUGCUUACGUCAGCAGUGAUAAUGACUCUGAAUUUGAGGAUGCUGAUAUGAAACGAGAGCUGCAGAAGUUGAGAGAGAAGCACAUGAAGGAGAUCUCUGAGCUUCAGGUUUAUCAGAGAGGAGAGAUCGAGCAGUUGUACUCUCGAUUAGGUCGACUGGUUCCUCCCGGCAUGGGCUUCUUGCAUCCAGUGCCACCUACAGACCGCCGCCACAGAGCCUCCAAACACAAGCUGAAGGGAAGCCAACUGCUCAAUCCCAUGGUGCAACAGUUUAGGAACAACCGAAGCAACAGUUCCACUGAGAUGUGCUCCAGUGUGUCGGGGUCUCCGGUCAAAAGCUCAGUUCUGGGUAACAGCUCUAUGGGUUCCAGCACAGCCACGCUGAGCCUCGAGUCAGAACCACUGGAGCCAGUCCAGACUCAGCAGCCCUGCUCACUCAAGGGCUCUCUGUCCUCUGACAACAUCUACAGCCCCACCACACACACACCACCCCGACAAGGGUCUCACAGUACUGGUGCUGCCCACAUGACUUCAGCAUCCAAUCAGAACCUGCCUCCCGCAGCCAUGCCUGCUGCAUCCUCUCGGCCGAUCACAGCACUCGUUCAGGCUCAAGCAAACAACAGCAACAACAAAAGCGGUACCUUCACUGAUGACCUACACAAGCUGGUUGAUGAUUGGGCAAAAGAAACUCUUGCCUCCGCCCCUCAGCUCCGCUCCCCGUGUGUCAGAGUAGACCGCAGAGAUCUCAUCAGACCUUCCAGACCAACCCCACUCCAAUGGCCAGAGUCCCCAGUCAGAUAAGGGGAACAGUCUCUCAGGGAUCUGGGAAGCUCCAUCUCCCACUGUCAUGUCCUCUGUCAGCAUCUCUGGGUCCCAUCAUGCCUCAUGGCUUCACCAGCACCCCAUCACCCAUCCUCAGCAGGGCGGAUACUUGAUGCCAACCUCUCCCUUUGCUGGGAUGAUGCCAGCCCCUGUGUAUCCAAACCAGUGGUCCAGUUUACCCAGUCCAGUGGGCAUGUUUGUCACGGCCAGUAUGGUCCCUUUCCCAGCCAAGGCCAGCCCAGCACUGCAGACUUUUCCUCUGGUGGUGAAAAGCCCAGACACCCCUGUGUGCCCCAGCAAAGCCAGGACUGCAUAAGAGUGCCACCCUGCGCUCCAAACACAGCAAAAUACAAAGUUUAUAUAAUUUUUUUAUUUUUAUUUUUUUUGCAUAAAGCUAAUAAAUGCACACUUGCAGAAUGAUAAUCAUGCAAACUCAACACAACUGAUAAGUCAUGUAAAGUCACCUUUAUUUGUAUAGUGUUUUAUACAAUACUGGUUGUGUCAAUGCAGCUUUACAGAGACAAACUACGGGAAAAUUGUUUGUCAAUGAUGCAAGAAGACAAUAACAGAGUAAUUUUUUAGCUAAAGUCAGAUUACAGACACAUACAGGACAUUUUCUCUCUCAAAGCGUGAGCUCCUGCAACGCUCUAUAAAAUGUUUUUAAUUUGGAUUCAGGAUCAAACCACAAACUCUGUGUGCUUUAGAUCACUGUUGAAAUGUAGAAGCAUCUGUACAAAGCCUUUGAGCCUGUAAAUAUGUGUGUA